GUUGCUCUCCGCAGCACUUGCGCAUGCCUCCUCUCACCUCUCUCCGGUAGUAGAGCCUCUCCACGCCGCCGCUCCGUCAUCGUUAGCCGGCCUGUGAGUCUGGAGGCUCUCCGGUACCGAGACAAACCAACACCACCACCCUUCCUCCCCCCCUUUCUCUCCACCCUCCUCUUCCUCCUCUUCUGGCUCCGCUUCUGCUGCAGCGUCCAAGUUCAGGUGAGCCUCGUCCCCGGAACAACAAGUCCUCUCUCCGGCACCGGGAUGCUCGCUCGCUCCUUCCCGUUAAAUGUGAUGUUAUAAAUGGGCCGCGCAGGAUGUGAAGCCUCGCCAGAAGAAGCAGCAGGAUGGAGGCUAAACCCAGAUCGUGUGCGGCGGGGCUGCUGCUCCUGCUGGGCUGCCUCUCCUCCGUUCAUGCCGACACCCUGCUGUCAGCUCCACUCAAUGUGACCAUCACAGACAUUGAGGUAAACUCCGCCAUGGUCACGUGGGAGAUCUCGGAGGGGGACCCUGUCAUUGGAUUCGCCAUCACCCAACAGAAGAAGGAUGGACGCAUGCUGAGGUUCAUCCAGGAAGUCAACACCACCACGCGCUCCUGUGCUCUGUGGGAUCUGGAUGAGGACACGGAGUACAUCGUCCAUGUUCAGAGCAUCAGCAUGGGAGGCAGCAGCCCCCCUAGUGAGCCCGUCCUCUUCAGAACGCCCAAAGAGUCGGAGAAGCAGGCGUCCAAAAGCCCAGAUGAGGUGACAAUGGAGGAGGUUGGUCAGGAUGCUCAGCUGAGGGCUGGAGAACUCAUCAUCAUUGUUGUGGUGCUCAUCAUGUGGGCAGGGGUGAUAGUCCUGUUUUGUCGCCAGUACGACAUCAUCAAAGACAACGAGCCCAACAACAACAAGGACAAAGCCAAGAACUCCUCAGAGUGCAGUACUCCAGAGCACCCACGGGGGGGAAUACUGCGCAGCAACGUCUGAGACCAGCAGAGCCUCGUGCAAUAACCGACUCCUCCAACCUCAGGACAGACCCUGAGACCAACAGAAAGCCAUCGUACUGAAGCACCGACAAACCAUUACAGAAACCCUUCCUUUACAUAAUGAAGAACUCUUCCGAAACAACGGACACACAUGUGAACAGUCAGAGAUGAAACAGAAGAGGGCAAACCUACAUUUACAUUUGUUGUGAGUGACCAAAACUGGACUGCAGCCUAUACUCUGGUCGAUAUAAACACAUACAAGUGACUGUCAAAGCAUGGAGGGGAUGUAUUCUCCUCUGAACAAGAACUGCUUGAUUCAGACGUUCUGGGUACUUUUCAUCAGUGGCAUCGAAUCCCAGAAGUGGAUCAUCAAACAUGGAAGUCUGGUUGUUGUUUGUUUGGCUUCAAAGGUCAGACAUGGCAGAACAGUGUGUCACCUGGGAACACCUGAAUCAGAUGGUUGAGGUAAAAGUCAGCACACAACUAAACAACAUCAAGACUUUUUCUAUCCUUCUAUCUACAUUCCUUCCUUCCUGUCUUAACAGCCCUUUGUGUAGCAGCCCAUCUAUCUCCCUGUCUUUCUUUGAUUGUCUCUAAUAAGCACAGUGAUGUUUGGUGCUCCUGCUAAUGUGAUUGUUUGAGCCCUCACAAUCCCAGUUUAAUGCGGUAUAAUUAUGUUAUUUGGUCAGAAAUAUUGCACGUUGAGUCUUGUCUCCUGCCUUGUGCCAUCAGUUAAAUGAUGCAUCUUACUUUCUGAUAGGUAACCUUAACGCCUUGUCACUUUGUUUUUUCAAAUCUCACCAUACUGUCCUUAUAUGAGUUGGAUGACACUGUCUGAAUACAUCCAUCAUUCAGAUAAAGUUCAAGGCUUGACCAGGCAAUCUUUCAUCACAGUCUCACUUCAAAUACAAAUUGUAAGUUAACCUCAGUGUCAAUCUUUGAGCUUUCCUUGUUGUUCAUCACUGCAUUGUCAGCACCAUAUGUAGGAUGUGCAAGGAUUUGAGACAUCAUUUAUAAUGAAAUAUACACAACGUUUGGCUGAGUUUUUAUUGUGGUUGGCCUGAAACCAGCAUGGAAACCAGACUGUAGGAGAAUACUGAUAAACUGUUUUAUUAUGUAAACCAUUUUCUCUGAGACCCCUUCUGAAUCUUGAAUUAACAUGCAAUGCUGUGAAGAGAUAGAGGGAAACACAUUCAAUUGGCCGUCCAAUCAAAACUGUCAUGAAUGUGUAGUCAACAAGCUAAUAGAUCAAAUCUUAUAUUUCUACCAAUUCACAUCCAAUGUUGAUAUCCCAUAUUUUCCUUCUUGUCAACAUUUUAUGAAAAGACCAAUGAAUUUAUGCCACAGAACAACUUCUUAGCCAAAGCCCAACACAUCUUAUUUCCGUGUGUCAUAAUGCUCCAUUGUUGUUUAAAGACCUUGACUAACAUAGCAAUGAGCAAUGAUCAUAUUGUUGCACAUUCCUUCAUCAAUCACGGUUUAUUUUCAGUCAAUCUCACGACAUCCUGAUGCUGUAGAAACCAACCGAUUCGCGAAAUGUGUAUCAAUCUGCAGCUGGAAAUAGUCACUAUUUACUCAGUUUAGCUCACAUUUGCUUUAAAAAACGUAAGUGCCCAGCUAUUAAAGGAAGUUACAGAGCUUUAUUUAA